GUCCGGACCGAAAGCACGCAGUGGGACGUUUCCUCUCCAACACUUGGACUAUGUAAAGUAAACUCUGGUCUUUUUUUUAAUGCACUAACAGGACGGACACUGUCUCCAUUUUGCGCAUUAUUCACACAGCGGACUUCUUUUUGUCUUUAAAAUUGGAGUACAGGAGCCGUGUCGGUGAUGCUUGAGCUGAGAGGAUUCUCCGUCCUUCGGGACAUUUAAGGACGUCCAGCUGUGUGUGCGUUUUUGUUUUUUUAUUUGUUGGUGACUGCAUGGAUUACAUUUAUCACCCGUAGACACUAUUCUGGACUAAAAGUAUCCUGACGCACAUCCACCUAAAGCGCAGCGCCCUCUCUCCAAUGAAAUAUCUCCCUUCAGGACCAGUAAGUAAGCGGAUCGAGCUCAGUGAGACCAGCGACAUUACAAAGCCUCGCCCCGGUGCUGUGGUGUCUCUAUUGACCCCUCUGGACCCACUUCGGCAGGCAAAGCGGCUCCCCAUCCGAGUUCUCAAGAUGUUGUCUGCGCACACCGGACACUUGCUACACCCGGAAUAUUUACAGCCUUUGACGCCCGCGCCAGUGAGCAUCGAGCUGGAUGCCAAGAAGAGUCCACUGGCCCUGCUGGCACAGACCUGCUCUCAGAUCGGUAAACCAGACCCACCGUCCUCCUCCAAGCUGAGCUCCUCCUGCAGCCAGGGGGAGAAGGAGUCCAGCAGUCGGUCGAAGCACGGGGAGCACCGCCCCUCUCCGGACGACAAGUGUAGCUUCAAGCCCUACAACAAAGGUGGUGGAGACUGUCGCAGAGACGGAGUUACCAGCAGCAGCAGCAGCGAUAAAGUCGGGUUCAGGGUACCCAGCAAUAAUGUCACCACUAACGGAAAUUCAACCAAUGGCCAGCAGUCCUAUCCAGCCCACGCUGCCUCACCCAGCUCCAGAGCCAGCAGCAGCACCCCACCAGGACACACGCAGCAGCAGCACAAACUGAGCCAGUCUCCUGGUGGACAGCCACGCUCUCACACUCCUGGUGGAGAAGCUGCACACGAGCAAGGCAGUCCCACCAGCACCACCAGCAGCAGCAAUAACCCCAAAAAGGACGCAGAUGUAAACAAGGCCGGCUCGGACAGUCCACACGACGCGAACUCCAGCCACGCUCGAGCCGUCACGAACUGCAGCAACGGCAGCUCUGACGGGGGUUCCAACCACGAGGGGGGCAAAGCGGAGUCCACGCAGCCCAACCUCGGCCACGGACGCAUCACGCCCAUUUCUCCCUACAAAACGAGCCAGCUCUUCCCCCUGCCCUCUAACAUGGGCUACCACGGAUCUGUCGUGGGGGCGUACGCCGGCUACCCGUCUCAGUUCGUUCCCGGGAUGGAUCCGACAAAGUCGGGCCUCGGCAUGGGAGGAAAGCACCCGAGCUCCAGCCCGCUCACAGGGGCCUCCCCUCCAUCCUUCAUGCAGAGUCUAUGCAGGGACCCCUACUGUCUCAGCUUUCCGAGCAUGUCCCAUCUCGGCGGAAGCAACUGCAACUCCUGCAUCCACGACCCUUCCCCCACCCUCAAAUCAAACUUCCCACUGGUGUACCCCUCCCACCCGCUGCACUCGCUCCACCAAAGCUCCAUGUCGUCCAGCGUGUCCUCCUCCCUGUCGCACCCCCUCUACACGUACGGCUUCAUGCUCCCCAACGACCCCCAGCCUCACGCCUGCAACUGGGUCUCGGCGGGGGGGCCGUGCGACAAGCGGUUCGCCACGUCCGACGAGCUCCUGGCUCACCUGCGCACGCACACAGCGAUGCCCAUGGGCAUGGACAGUAAGAUGCUUGCCGUUUCCUCCUCUGGACCCGCCUCCUGCCACCUCCACCUCCCCCACCAGAGCAGCCCAGGCUCCAUGCACAGCUCCCUCUCUCUCAGGGCGCCGCCCGGCAUGGGUUUGGCUCGCUAUCACCCCUACAACAAGGUCCAUAUGCCCCCUGGACCCUCCUCCAUCUCCCUGCACUCUCUGCCCACCACAGGCCCGUACUACCCUCAUUACGCUCUCUACAGUCAAAGACUUGGAUCUGCAUCCGCUCUGGGCUACCAGUGAUGCACACCACCCACUUAAUAUGUUCAAAGGAGACGUUCGACACUUUGUGAAAUGCGCUUAUUUGCUUUUCUGGCAAAGAGUCAGAUGAGAAGAUUGAUAACACUCGUAUCUUUCUCUUGAAUAUGAAACCACAGCCCAGUUAGCUUAGCACAAAGACUGAAAACGGGGAAACUGCUAGCCUGGCUCUGUGCAGAUGUGAAAAAAUCCACCAACCAGCACCUUUAAAUCUUGUUUAUUUGAUACAAAAAAGAAAACGAAGUGUAAAAACAUAAUUUCGCCGUUUUAUGGGGGACCAGUUUCCAUCAACACGAUGGGACUCCGCUCAAGAAAUAGUCCAGCACAUAACCUUUUGGAAAAUGGCAAAUUUAACAACGUACACUUCAGUAUUUGUAAGUAUUAAACAAACAAGAUAUAACGUGUUAAUAAGUGAGCUUCAGAGGCGCUGCUGCACAGAGCCAGGCUAGCUGUUU